CACACCGGGUGCUGCUCUUUUAAAUCCACCUGUUCACGCUCCUUCCUGCGCUAUCUGAUAGGUUUGUCAGGAAGAGAAAACAGCAUUUAUUAACGCUUUGUGCAUGAAGUGACGAGGAUCUCCUCUCAUAACACCAUGACAGCACAAAUACAGCAAAGCUCCUUUUGCCGCUGCUGAAUGGAUUACCUUUAAAUUCACCUCUCCCGGAUGGUUUUGCGCAUAACCUCCUCAUCUCUGAGAAGACCGCUGCCUUUCUAUGAUUAGCCUACAUGAUCACCUCACCAACACUGUGGACACUGAUCGCUGAUCAUGCCAAGUGCACUGAUUUGAUACCAGCUUUGACUUCAGAGUCACAUCACCGCUGCUGGGUGGACGCACAGCUGAUUAUCUGGAGAGGUUUUCUGCAACAAUUUGUUGCAAACAUUGUGAGGGGCGAAGACAUGGUGCCGUGAGAACUUUAUUCCUGAUUCCCCCCCUUUUUUCCUCUUUUCGUUUUAGAUGUUUGUCAGCGGGAUCGUGCUUUAUUGGGAAAUUCCACCGUUUCCCCUUUCAAUUAUGUUCACUUUUGCUGCCUUCUGCUACAUGCUGUCUCUGGUCCUCUGUGUGUCCCUGAUCUUCUUUGCAAUAUGGCACAUAACAGCUUUUGAUGAGCUCCAGGCUGACUUCAAGGUGCCGAUCGAUCAGGGCAAUCCACUCCAUGCGAGAGAGAGACUGCGGAACAUUGAGAGGAUCUGUAAUCUGCUGAGGAAGUUGGUGCUGCCAGAGUACUCUAUCCAUGGACUCUUCUGCAUCAUGUUCCUGUGUGCCCAGGAGUGGUUGACUGUGGGCCUCAACAUCCCCCUGCUCUUUUACAACACAUGGAGGUACUUCCAUUCCCCAACGGACACAAAGGAGCUGCUCUAUGACCCAGCAUCCGUGAUGAACGGUGACACGCUCAAGUUCUGCCUGAAGGAGGCCUGGUGCAAGCUGUCCUUCUUUGUCCUCUCCUUCUUCUACUAUCUCUACUGUAUGAUCUACUCCUUGGUUACCUCAUAAGUGAUUUAUCAGCAACUGGAGAGAAACAAAAAAAACCUCUGGAUACAUAGACUGCCGUUGUCUCGGUCUAGAGUUGAAAAACAGGAUAUUUAAAUAUAGAGAAGAGAAAGAAAAAAUCAUUUUUUGCUGUGAAGCCAAACAAUGAACUGGAUGGGGCUCGAAGCUUCUUUUCUGCUUCUUCCCCUUAAGAAGGAAGGACAUGUUUUAUGAUCGACUGUAUAUAAAAACUGAAGACUAAAACUCCUGUUUACAGUUUGACUGGUUAUAGAGAGACCCGAGUUAAUCACUGCCGGGCCAACAUUUGUACCACACACACACACACACACACACACACACACACAUUAACACACAGCCUCCUCUGGAGUGGUACUUACUGUACAGUAGCAAUGCUGAUAGCCCAGAGGACAGUAGUGUUUGCAGUCUCAGGCACAGCUUGGUGAAGCACUGUCUAGCCCAGCACAGCUCACCAACCCUCAGUCAUGCCCCCUCGAUGCCUCACCAACUGUAGCUUCACCGGUGAGUCAGAAACGAGGGAUAGAUGGACGAGUGGAUGGACGGAUCACACUGUACAGAAAACCGCUCCAUGGCCUGUGGGUUUUUCUUUCUAACAUUACAUGAAUGGCUUUUGUGACGUGUGCAUUUUGGUGUAUUGUUUAACAAAAGGCAUUUCUAAUUGAAUUAUGAUCUGAGGCUAAAGGUAUUCUGUACAGCAAAUGCCUUCUUAGUGUUGUCCUAGUGUCGUUCUAUUGUGGGAAACUUUUCUAAAACUCAAACAAAAAACUGACACCUGUCGAAGCUUUUAUAGUAGACGAGCACACAUUCUUUGCACAAAUAGUUUUUGAUCUUGCACAAUAUUUGCAAUAUUUGGCUAUAUAUUAGAGAUAAUUUAUGAUAGUCUAGCCACACAGGUGAAGGUCUUCCAACAUGUAAAGAACUAUCCAGCCCUAUUUGAAGAUGGGGCGACAAUGUGAAUCUUUUCUAGCUUGAUUUACACCAUGGACCAAAAUGUUGUCUUUCCAGUAUUUAAAUUGAUUUAUUUAUGUCUAUUUGUGAGAUACUGAUGGCUUGCCUCCAUGCUUUAUCUUAAAUGAAAUAUUAUUUUCCAAUGUAACCACACCAUGAUAAGAAUAAGCAGUGAAUAAAGGAGAAGCUUAGAAAGGUGCCCAGCAUUAAUCUGUCUCUCUCUGAUUUGAAUUAAAUCAACUGUAGCAGAUGAUGCAAAUAACAUAUGAGAAACUGAGCUGUCUGAGAAUAUUGAGAUACUACUGUAUAAUGAUUCCCAGAAAGAAAGUUGCUCCCUUCCAUAUACAGAUCAGAGGUCAAAGGUCAGGCUCAGCUACAGUAGCAUCAUCCCUGUAGCUGGAAUGAAUUUAGUGUCUUGCUCACAGACAUUUCAGCAGGGCAGGUGCUUGAAUCUGCAUCUUCCAUGUGUAGCACAGUUUUCUAACCGCCAGGCCACUCUUUAGAUCUUCAUCAUCUUUACACGAUGAGCUCACUUCGUAAGCAGCUACUCAAGGAGCAGACAGGAAUGCCCAAUUCUUGUUGUUUUCUCUUAUUACUACAUUCUAAUUCAAGCAUUUUCUAUAUUUACUGUGUAUGUGACCAACCAGGUUGAACUUGUUUUCUGAAAUAAAAUAUUUUAAAAUCAAA